UCGGCAGCAGAGAGAGAAAGAGGGAGACGCGGAGGAGAGCAGCAGCCCCACCGUCCACCGAUCCUCAAGCGAGAGAGAGAGGCAGCGUCUGGAGCUAGAGCUGGGCGGGGAAAUAACUGCGGUACUGAAGAAAUACUUCAUUGCCGAACUGCAGCAGUUCGUCGGCAUCGUCCGUGUAAAGCAAAAUGUCAACGUCGGGAAAAGACAACAGCUCCCAACAUGCGAAUUACGUGGGACCGUAUCGCCUGGAAAAGACGCUUGGCAAAGGACAGACAGGCCUCGUGAAGCUGGGAAUCCACUGUGUCACAUGUCAGAAAGUUGCCAUAAAAAUUGUAAACCGGGAGAAACUCAGCGAGUCUGUGUUGAUGAAGGUGGAAAGAGAAAUAGCUAUUCUGAAGCUCAUAGAACACCCUCAUGUUUUGAAGUUGCACGAUGUUUAUGAAAAUAAGAAAUAUUUAUAUUUGGUUCUAGAGCAUGUGUCAGGUGGAGAGCUCUUUGACUACCUGGUAAAGAAGGGCAGGUUAACACCCAAAGAGGCCAGGAAGUUCUUCAGACAGAUCAUCUCAGCGCUGGACUUCUGUCACAGUCACUCUAUAUGCCAUAGAGACCUGAAGCCGGAGAACCUGCUGCUGGAUGAGAAGAAUAACAUCAGGAUAGCAGACUUUGGCAUGGCUUCUCUACAGGUUGGAGACAGUCUCUUAGAAACCAGCUGUGGAUCCCCUCACUAUGCCUGCCCAGAGGUUAUAAGGGGGGAGAAAUAUGAUGGCAGGAGAGCUGAUGUUUGGAGCUGUGGAGUCAUUCUCUUUGCACUUUUGGUGGGUGCUUUGCCAUUCGACGACGAUAACCUGAGGAACUUGCUAGAGAAAGUGAAGCUCGGGGUCUUUCACAUGCCCCAUUUCAUUCCUCCAGACUGCCAAAACCUCCUAAGGGGGAUGAUCGAGGUGGACGCCACCAAACGACUCACGUUAGAACAGAUACAGAAGCACACAUGGUACAUAGCAGGAAAAAAUGAGCCAGAACCAGAACAACCGGUGCCACGGAAAGUGGCGAUCCGCAUGCUACCCUCCACUGAGGACAUCGAUCCAGAUGUGCUGGAAAGCAUGCACUCGCUGGGCUGCUUCCGGGACAAGAACAAACUGAUGAAAGAUCUGCUGUCAGACGAUGAUAACCAGGAAAAGAUGAUCUACUUCCUCCUGCUGGACCGUAAGGAGAGGUAUCCCAGCCAUGAGGAUCAGAAUCUACCACCCAGAAAUGAAAUUGAUCCUCCCAGGAAGCGAGUGGACUCUCCACUCCUGACGAGGCACAACAAGAGGAGGCCAGAGCGCAAGUCCAUGGAGGUGCUGAGCAUGACAGAGGGUGGAUCUCCUGUUCCUGUGAGACGUGCCAUCGACAUGGCACAACACGGACAGAGUAAAAGCUUGGAUAUCUCAGAUGCCAACCCCAUACUGCAAAGCAAGGAGGAGAGGUCCCGGUCCAUCAGCGGAGCCUCUUCAGGUCUGUCCACUAGUCCCCUCAGCAGUCCUCGGCCCAUGCGGCGGUUCGCCGUUCCUCCACAAUCCGCAGAACUCACGCAGUCGCCCAACCACAGCCCCACCCACGCGCCUGUGUCCCGGGUGAACGGCACAGGCCCCCACUCCCCUAAAACCUUUCAACCAAAGACAGUUGCCCAUCAGCCCAACAACAAAACCCAGACCCUUCCAGCCAAGCCCAAAGUUGCAGACAAGCCCCUGCAGGUCACCAGGUCCAACCCGUUCCCCAACACAACAGCCAUGCCAUCUGUGGCCAAGUCAGAACCGUCUACGCCCUGCCAACCCCUGCCCCCGCCGAUGCCCGGCAGCCCGAAAGUGCGCCGCCCACUGCUCACGGUGCCGCCCAAGCUCUCCGUUCCCCUUUCACCACUUUCGCCCAUCCGGCUUCACCACCUUCACCCGCUGGCCGGGACUGACCACAACGGCAAAUCUAUCCCCACCUUACAGGUUACGCCCCACCCCUCCCCCAGGGGCAGCCCAUUGCCAACUCCAAAAGGAACGCCGGUGCACACACCUAAGGAGAGCCCAGCGGGGACCCCUAGCCCCACGCCACCCCCCAGCCCCUCCAUUGGAGGCAUGCCGUGGAGAACACGCCUCAACUCCAUUAAGAACAGCUUCCUUGGCUCACCACGUUUCCACCGCAGGAAAAUGCAAGUUCCCACACAAGAGGAAAUGUCCAGCCUAACACCAGAGUCUUCCCCCGAACUUGCCAAAAAAUCUUGGUUUGGAAAUUUUAUCAACCUCGAAAAGGAGGAGCAGAUUUUUGUGGUGAUUCGGGACAAGCCUCUGAGCUCCAUCAAAGCAGAUAUUGUACACGCCUUUCUCUCUAUUCCCAGCCUCAGCCACAGUGUGGUGUCUCAGACGAGUUUCCGGGCAGAAUACAAAUCCACGGCCGGCCCCACCGUGUUCCAAAAACCAGUGAAGUUCCAGGUGGACAUCACCUACACCGAAAGCACGGCUGCCACCAAGGAGAACGGCAUCUACUCUGUCACCUUCACACUGCUCUCAGGUCCCAGCCGACGCUUCAAACGGGUGGUGGAGACGAUUCAGGCUCAGUUGUUAAGUACACAUGAGCAGCCUGGUGUCCAGCAGCUGUCUGGAAUUAUCCAGAAAACGUGUUAAAGCCCCAAGUCCUGCUCUUGCACAAGAUUCAUGUAUGGCACAUUGAUGGAGGGCACAUUACACAGGACGUUCAGUACAAGCAGCUGAGGGAAACUCCUCAUUCUGAUGCAUCUAAACACCCCAAACACCAACAAGAGCUGCAACCUAUUCCUCAACUCCUUCCUCCUGCAGCUACUGUACAUACAGCCAAACAUGUCCAAGGAUUUGGAGUGAAGCCUUAAAAUAAAGAUGUUAAUGAAUUCUCACUAAGCUAAACCACAAUUCAUCUUUUUAUUGAAACAUACUUUUUGUCUUCUUUCUUCCCCGUCCUCUGCUAAUGCACACACAAAUACAGAGUCGCACAUACAGGACAUCGUUACAAAAGAACAAAUGGCGAAGGAACUCUGGAUUUCAUAAUGCACGUGUUUGAGGAGCUGCCCUCGAGGACCGUUGUUGGAUUGUAUUCUUUUCAAUGUAGUCUUUCUUUGUGAAAUGGAGAAUUUAAGACAUUUUAUGGACUCAUUGUCAUUGCUGAUUUGGAUUUGGAGAUCCUAUUUGAAAUAUG